CCAUUUCUAGAACCCUCUUAUCCUUUGCAGAAAACCCCCUCUGCUGCAGAACUUUCUAGGGUUUUGUUAUCCUCUUUAACGAACCCAUCACUCCCACUUCAACACACAAUCUCACCACUCAAAAAUUCUCCAACUUUUCACACUUCGCAAUCAAACAUCACACUUUCGAGAGGCAAGAAAAUGGCAACUGUACAGCUUACUUCCGCGGCGUCUUCAAUUUCAGCGAAACGGUUUGUUUCAUUUGAAGGGCUAAGAGCUUCGAGUGCAGUAAAGGUCUCGUCUUUUUCACCUCUGAAGCAGAAUGGGCUCUCCUUAAGGUCGUUUCGUGGCCUUGUUGUUAAGGCUGCUACAGCUGUUGCCCCUAAGUAUACUUCUCUGAAGCCAUUGGGUGAUAGAGUGCUGGUGAAAAUUAAGACGGCGGAGGAGAAGACUUUGGGUGGUAUCUUACUACCGACAACAGCACAAUCGAAACCUCAGGCGGGUGAGGUAGUUGCUGUUGGAGAGGGUCGAACAGUUGGAAAGAACAAGGUGGAGAUUGGUGUGAAGACUGGCACCCAAGUGGUGUACUCAAAGUAUGCCGGGACAGAAGUGGAAUUCAGUGGAUCAAGUCAUCUCAUCCUUAAGGAGGAUGAUAUUGUUGGUAUCCUUGAUACUGAUGAUGUGAAAGAUAUGAAGCCUCUGAAUGACAGAGUUCUCAUAAAGGUUGCUGAGGCUGAAGAGAAAACGGCUGGCGGUUUGUACCUAACAGAUGCAAGCAAGGAGAAGCCUUCAAUUGGCACGGUUGUCGCAGUUGGGCCUGGUCCCCUUGACGAGGAAGGCAACAGGAAACCAUUAUCAGUUGCUCCAGGAAACACAGUUUUGUAUUCGAAAUACGCUGGCAAUGAUUUCAAAGGUGCCGAUGGGUCGGAUUACAUAGCACUGCGGGCCUCAGAUGUGAUGGCUAUCCUUUCUUAGCUGGUGUUGCGUCUGCCCUUUUGUUCUGCAUCUUCAAUAGCUGGAAAAGGUUAUAAGCAAAUACAUUCUUGUAAUUUAGACUUGACAUCUUUCUUGUAGCUGUGUGAAUGUAAUCCGUCUAAUGAUUAUUUUCCAUACUUGCUAUUGGCUUAAAAAAUAAUACAGUUUCGAGAAACAUUUUCUUCCAUUA